ACGCCAAAAUUUUACAACCGUUAUUGUCCAUAUCAAUCUUUUCCUGAUUUAAAUUGUACGCAAAGUGCAAAAGACCAAAAAAAAAAGAAAAAAAAGAAAGAGAAAUUUUUGAGGGAUCUCAAGCCUCUGCCUCCCCAGGAGGCUAUUGACGGAGGCUUGACCCGAUCGCCCAAUGGAGCACCGGAUUCGACCAAAUAACGAGAUUUUGACCUCUAAUUGAUCGGUGUAUUUGUCUUUCAAUCAAUUUCCCCCUAGAAUUUGACAAUUCUUUAGUUGACUCCUUGUUUCGAUUUGAUUUAGAAGGAAAUUUUGCCAGGCAUUCGCUUUUUUUCCCCCCACCAUAAUGAUUUGAGAAACCCUAAAACCCGAUUACAAGAAACCCUUCUUCUGGCAACCUUAUUGGUGAAUUUUUUGCCCUUUUUUGAUUUAAUUUUGUAUACCGGGCUUGACAUUUGAAGAAAAAGAAAGAAAUAAUACAAAUGGGGGUGGUAUCGAGGCAGGUCUUGCCUGCUUGUGGUAACCUCUGUUUUCUGUGCCCUUCGAUGCGGGCGAGAUCAAGGCAGCCUGUUAAACGGUAUAAGAAGCUCAUUGCUGAUAGCUUCCCAAAGACUCAGGGUGGAGAACCAAACAACAGGAUGAUCGGCAAGCUCUGUGAAUAUGCUUCUAAAAACCCAAUGCGUAUACCAAAGAUAACAGAGUUCUUAGAGCAGAAAUUUUAUAAAGCAUUGCGGAAAGAAGACUUUUCUCUGGCAAAAGUAGUGCCAUGCAUCUACAGGAAACUGCUAGCUUCAUGUAAGGAGCAGAUGCCACUCUUUGCGCCUAGCUUGUUGUCUGUCAUAAGAACACUUUUUGAUCAAACACGUCAAGACGACAUGCAAAUUCUGGGUUGUCACACACUUGUUGACUUCUUAAACAGCCAGAAGGACAGCACAUAUAUGUUCAACUUAGAAGGCCUUGUACCUAAGCUUUGUCAACUUGGUCAAGAACUAGGAGAAGAUGAAAGGGGACUUCGAUUGCGUUCAGCAGGAUUGCAAGCCCUUGCUUCCAUGAUGUGGUUCAUGGGCGAGUAUUCCCAUAUCUCAGUGGACUUCGAUGAUAUAGUUUCAGUGACCCUGGAUAAUUUUGGAGUUCAUCAUGAUAAAUGCAAUCAAGUCAUGCAAUUUGCUCCGCCCCAAAAUUCUUCAGUGCAGGAAGUUCUGAGAGCUGAGAACGCUAUUUUGGUCUUACAGAGUUCUCUGAAGAAGGUUUCUUCAUUAAGUGUCAGCAACAAAGCUGAACCAGAUGAGCCAACAGAUGACUCAAAAAAUCCAAAAUACUGGUCAAAAAUUUGCUUGCAUAAUAUGGCCAAGCUAGCCAAGGAGGCAACAACUGUCAGGCGUGUUUUAGAGCCCCUGUUUCGUAAUUUAGACAGUGGGAAUCAAUGGUCACAUGAAGGAAUUGCUUGGCCUGUUUUAUCUGAAAUGCAGGUUGUCGUGGAAAAGUCAGGAGAAAAUAGCCAUCUGCUGUUGUCUAUUAUGGUCAAGCAUUUAGAUCACAAGAAUGUUGCCAAGCAGCCUGAUGUGCAGAUCAGCAUUGUUAAAGUUAUUACUAAUCUUGCGCAGCAUGCAAGGUCACAAGCAUCCGUAGCCAUAAUUACUGCAAUAACUGAUUUAUUGAGACAUUUGCGCAAAUGUAUGCAAUGUUCUGUUGAAGCUUCAAACCUGGUUGAUGAUGUUAAAAAAUGGAACUCUGCUUUCUAUUCUGCAUUAGAAGAGUGCCUCAUACAGUUAUUGAAUAAGGUGGGGGAUGUUGGACCUAUACUUGAUAUGAUGGCUACAGUGCUGGAGAAUAUCUCAACUACGGCUGCUGUAGCCAGAACAACAGUUUCUUCUAUCUAUCGUACUGCACAGAUAGCAGCUUCUAUCCCUAACAUAUCUUAUCACAACAAGGCUUUCCCGGAAGCUUUGUUUCACCAAUUGCUCAUGCUGAUGACCCACCCAGAUCAUGAAACACGUGUUGGCUCCCAUCGUGUCUUUUGUUCUGUUCUUGCAGCCUCAGCUGUUACUCCUUGGCCAUUUCCAUUCAUACCAUUUUUGCCGAAGAAGGGAUACGAUCCACAGAGUACACUUUUGGUAUCUCUUUCAGGUUUCGCCUCUACAGAGGCAAUCUUGGAGAAGAUGGGGAAGAAUGAUUAUUCCAUCCAGAACUUGUACUCGGGUAGGAGUGAUACAUCAGAUGCUGGAGUAGAAGGAAUGAAAGAGGAAGAAUGCCAACUAGUGAAUGAUGAUAUAAAGUGGGAUGUGGUUCAUCCAUCUCGCAGUGAGCGGCGCAGCAUCAAACUUGCUCCCCCAUGUGCAGUUUUUGGUGGAAGGGUUGUUACUGAGUCUGAAAAGGAAGAGAUGACAUCUUUGAGGUUGAGUAGUCACCAAGUGGAUCUUUUGCUAUCGUCAAUCUGGGCACAGGCAACAUUAGAAGAAAACACUCCUGGAAAUUAUGAAGCAAUGGCACAGAGUUUCAAUCUUGCUUUAUUGUUUUCACGAAAAAAAACAUCUAGCCAUGUGGCUCUAGUUCGCUGUUUUCAGUUAGCAUUUUCUCUGAGGAGCAUCUCUCUGGACAAAGAAAGUUGUUUGCAGCCGUCUCGAAGAAGGUCUCUACAUACCUUGGCGUCAUCUAUGCUAAUCUUUUCAGCAAAAGCAGGCGAUCUUCCACAACUGAUUCCUGUUGUAAAAGCGCUGAUCUCAGAUAAAGCGGUUGAUCCUUUUCUUCAUCUGGUUGAAGAUAGCAUGCUGCAAGCCAAUUAUGUUGCAUCUUCUGUUGGGAAGGCAAUCUUUGGAUCAGAGGAGGAUGAAAUUGCUGCUUUGAAGUUUCUUGCAGCAAUAGAUGUUGAUGACAUGCAACUAAAAGAAACUGUGAUAUUCCACUUGGUGAAUAAGUUUGAAAAAUUACCAGAGAAAGAAUUAUUGAGCAUCAAAGAGCAACUCUUACAGGGGUUUUCACCAGAUGAUGCCUUUCCACUUGGAGUUCCAUUGUUUGCAGAGACGCCAAAUUUAUGUUCACCAUUUGCUCAGAAGGAAUUUCAAACUCUUGAUGAGUUCUGGCCUCCUGAUGUCUUGGAAGACAUAGAUCCAAUUUCUGAAACAUGUGGAAGUCAGUCAGAGAGCAGAGUGUCAGAGUCUACAAAUGAUCAUGAUAUCCUUGGUGUCAAUCAAUUAAUGGAAUCCGUCCUUGAUACAGCACGGCAAGUUGCUGACUUACCAUUUUUGACGACUACUGUGCCAUACGACAAAAUGAAGAGCCAGUGUGAAGCGCUUGUGAUGGGAAAACAAAAGAAGAUGUCAGUGCUUCUGAGCUUCAAGCAUCGGCAGGAAGGCUCAGAAACGGAAUCAUCCAAAGAGAAUGAGAAUGACUCUGUACUUCCACCAGAGAGUGCGCAUUGCCCUGUGGAGAGCAUUCGGUGCUAUGAUUCAAUCAUCAAUGAGUGUGAGAAGUCGGUUAGGUUGCCACCUUCAAGCCCGUAUGACAAAUUCUUGAUAGCCGCUGGAUGUUAAAGAGGUCCUUGACAUGGUACAUGCAUGUAAUUAACGUUAGCCAUGCAGUCUUGAAUGCCUCAAAUGAUAUUCCUUCUUAUCUUUUGUUUACCGUUCUUUUUCCAUGUACAUGGUGAAUAGGGGGAAAGUUGGAUGCUGCCCCUUCUGAGAGAGUCCCUUCAAACAUUCUUCUGAGAGUUGUUUUCUCUAAGCAUUUUUUUGGAUGUGAAUAAAACCGUGUUAAUAAGGAAGUCAAAUGUAAAAUGUAUCGAUUUGAAAGGUACAAAGGGAAAAUGUACAAGAAAAGAAUAUUUAUACCAUGUAAGAUGACAAGGUGCUGAUAAAUGUUCACAACUCAUGUACAGAUUUUGGA